GAGAAAUAAGGGAGGGAGGAAGAGAGGCUGUAGACCCAGUCAGACUCAGAGGAAGCGGAAGACACAAAACGGAGAAGACGAUUUCAAAACCUCGAGGCUGCAAAAAAAAAACUCCAAAAAACUACUCCGGCUAUCUCCGUCCUGCUUGCCUAAGCGUUCCUUCUUUUUGUCUCCUCCUCUUACCCUCUUCCUUUUCAGCUCUAAAAAACAAAAAAACAAAAAAAAAAAACCUGGGUCACCCCCCUUCCCCAGGAGAGGGGAUCCCAGCCAGCCAGUUGCCGUGGAGAUGCCCCCCCAGCCGCAGGCGAGGAAGAGCGCGGCGGAGAUCCUCAGGAGCCCUUACGGGGUCCUGCGGGUCCUCCAGAUCCUGCUGGGGGCCAGCCUGUGGGUCACCAUCGCCGCCAACAAGUACGAGGGGUCCAUGCACUUCGUGCUCUUCGUGGCCGUCCUCUUCUGGCUCCUCACCGUCGCCCUCCUCUUCCUCACCCUGCUGGGCAAGCAGGACCUCGUCCCCCUGGUGGGCGGCGAUCGCUGGUUGCCCAGCAACGUCGCGCACGACCUGGCCGCCACCCUGCUCUACCUUCCCGCCGUCGGCGUGGCGAUCUACAAGACGGAGAAGUACUCGUACUGCAACCUGGACGCGUACCAGCACAGCUGCCUGUACAAGGUCUACCUCGCCGCGUCCGUGUUCGCCUGCCUCGACGCCGCCGCUUACCUCGUCUCCGCCGUGCACGGAUGCUGCCGGAAACAACGGGGCAAGCUGACCGUGGCGUGAGGGAACGGAGCCGGAGAGGGAAGCUUCCACGGCCGGCUCGACUUAGUUACACACUAAAAAAAAAAAAAAAACUUACACGCGCUCAGCCCAGAGACCACGGGAGCUAAUGCACGGUAUGGCGAUCAAGAGACCAAAAAAAAAAAGAAGCAUUUUCUGUACACUAAAGCAGAGGCUUUGUCCCUGGCUCAGAGCAAACAGGUUUGUUGAUAUUUGUUACAGUAAUUUAAUGACACUGCCAAGAUCAAGGACUAAUUGAAAAGUAUAUCUUCCUCAGCGUUUGUGAUUUUUGUAAAAUGUUUUACGAGAAGACAAGCUAGCAAUUACACGCUUCAGAAAAGUAAUUAACUUAUAGCUAACUAAGUUAGAGAGCUAAUGAGUUUGGUCCUUGAAAGGAAAUGAUCUGUCAACAUGACCUCAGUAUGUCCCAGUGGUGGCGCUUGUGUUCCGGAGAGAUCUUGACAUUCACAUUUACAUUCCAGAGCAGAUGGGGAUUGCACUGCAAGCCUCCUCAGGCAUUCCUGUUUGGUCUGAGAACGCACGUGAGCCUCAAAAGCGGAUAGCAAACGAUCAAGUGUGAAACAGCGAGUGUGUGUCACCUCCUAACAGUAGUGUAUGGAAACUGAACAUAGCCUAGACUAUGCUACUUAGAUUUAGAACUGAACACUCUGUCUGAAAGGAUAAACAGCCCAGUGUGCUUUUGCUGAGGUAUUUUUCUGUUAAAUGUAAACUGAACACCAAACACUGCUAAAUAAAAUCAAUAUCACUAAGCACUAGAGAGACAUUAAAUACUUUAUCUUAUUUA